UGCAUAAAUGAAUGUAAUAUAGCCACCAUAAUAACAAAUUUAAAUAAACCAAUAGUAAUAAAUACCUUAAUAUCCAAAUUAUCCACCUCCUGAAAAUUAAGUUAGAUAUGAUCCUAGAACUGCAGCAACAUUUUUAAAUCCUAAAUCAAUUUAGAAAAAAGCUAAAUUUUGUCCAAUUUGUGAUUUUCCUGCAAGUGUGAGAGUUGUUAUUAAUCCUUGUAAACAUUUUAUGUGUUAUGAAUGCUAUUAUAUUGAUGGUUAAACAUUUUGUAAAUUUUGUAAUGAUAUUGUUGGAUCAGUUAAAAGAUUAGAUGAUACAGAGAAAUUCUAUUCUUGUGAUCUUGAUACAUGUUUUAAGUAGAAUUAUAUUCAUUAAUUCAAGGUAUUUUGAAUCUGAAUAAUAAUUGGAUGAACAUAACACUUAACAUUCUAUAAUAUUAGGUUGA